GCGGAUUUGUUCAAGCCCGUUCUCGGCGCAAUGGCCGAAGACCAGUGUGACGAGUACAUGGCCUUAAAUACGUACCUGCUACAAGGUGCCUCGCUGUACGAUGACAGCUGGUCGGAAAGUUCGGUUAGCGAUGAAACGACGCCGGAGUCAUCGGAGGACAGUGACGCGACUGACACGGAUGAUGACGAAGGGCAGUACGAAGUGUACGAUUCCAAGCGCACCGACGCGGAGACCACGAUCGACAGGUUAACAGGAUGUGUAGAUUCUUUUCUCGCAUCCGAGGAUGAAGACUCCGAAGAGGACGCGCUGGAGGACGACGUCGUCGAGGAUCGCCCCGUGGAAACGAAAAACAUUCCCAUAAGCUUGCCACGUUACCUUCGGGGGCUAAUGGGCGAGGCGAACAUGUGCUUCGCGCAAGGUCGCUACGAGGACGCUAUCAAGAUGUGCCUCGAGAUUGUCCGACUUGCGCCCACUUCGCCGCUACCCUUCCAGACGCUCGCCAUGAUCUACGAGGAACUGCGUGAUCCUAGUAGGGCGCUGCAAUUCGGCUUGAUCGCGGCCUAUUUGGGCCCGCAGGAGGCUUACGAGUGGGGCCGGCUGGCGCAGCUUUGCCUGGAGCAGGGUCUCGUCCGUAAAGCGGCUUCGUGUCUGAUUAGGGCGCUUAGGGUUGAUCCGCACGACUUGGAACUACGGUGCUUGUUGUGCACGCUGUACGAGGAGCUGGGCGACGAACCCCGAGCGCUGGUUUCAUGCGCAGUCCUCGCACGUCGAAUAGAGGAACCGGCUGAAUGCCUGCAGCUGUCACGACGACUCGUGGAUGUCUACCGAAAGCGCCAAAACCUGGCUUCAGCUGUGCGAGUUCUCCUGAACGCCGCCACUAAGUUUCCCGCGCACAUCUCAGCUGAAGAUAUCAGCACGCUGCUGGAGAUGCAGCUGAAGCUCAAAAUGCAUUCAGGUGCCCUGCUAGUGCUUCACGACCAUUGCGGAGUGCAGCUGCUGCCGUUGCCUGAGGGGCACGAAGAAAUAUCCACAGAACUACUUGAAGACUCUCUCGACGCCUUUGAGAGAUGCUUAGUGCCUGUUGAGUUUCCCGUUGACAAAAAGACGAAGCUUGUGGUUUGUCUAAUACAUCUGGAUGCCCGACACCUCGUGAUGGAUCUACUAAGAGAACUGAAGCGUGAACUGGACCCCGAAAAAUCUGGUGACCUUCUAUUGGAAGUGGCCGAAGCCUUCAUGGAUGCAGAAUUCGAGAACGACGCACUGCCGCUGCUGCGCAUGCUUGUGCGAACUCGCAACUGUGGGACAGCGGCUGUUUGGCUCCGAUACGCAGAAUGCCUGAAGCGACUCGGCCGCCAGCGGGAUGCGACCAAGGCGUACGAACGCACGUGCGAGCUGGCACCGCGCCACGCGCCGUCACGCCUCUCCCUGGGCCAGUUGUUAGCCGCGCAGGGGCUUCGCGACAAAGCCAUCGACUGUCUCGCCACCGAUUCUCGACAUCUGCAGGACACCAAGGACAGCACGCCAGCGCAGCAGCAGGAUUCGGCGUCCGUGCUGCUUUGUCAGGCGCGCCUAUUGUGGGAGUCCGGGCCGCGCGAGGCUUUCAUCGAGUCGGCCAUGACGCUGGUGCGGGCGCACUGUCUGUCUGUCUGCACCACCGAAGAAUACGAGGCAGUGUACUCGAGUACCUAUCACUUGAGUCGCAUGAAGGCAAUACGCGACCUGCAUGAGAAACGCGGCUUCGCACCAGGCUGGCUCACGAUGGAGAGCGGCGUCUCUGUCGACGAACUGCAGGCAUGCUUUCUCGAGCUCUACCGAGCACUGCACGAGAGCGGCCGCAUGGACGACCUUAGGCAAGUCGCGACGGAAGUUCUCGUUGCGCCCAUGUUUAAUAGGGACACGGCGAGCACCGAGGAGCUGGAGUUCUUGAGUUUUCUCGCCCACUACCAGGACCCGGGCCACGUAGAGCACAGCUUUCCCCUCAUCCGUUCCAUGGUGCUCAAGUAUCCGAACCAAGUACGCGCGUGGAAUUUGCUGGGCCUAGUGGUCAACCAAAUGCCGGCGUGCCGUAACAAGGGAUUCUGCCUCCGGCUGCUAUACAAACACGAGAAUAGCCUGCCGCUCAGGGUGCUCGUCGGGCACAACGCUUUUCUGUGUGCAAACUACAAGCACGCCCUGCCGGAGUACACGCAACUUCUGCGCCAUCUUGGAGAGGAGGAGCCAAUGCUGCUGCUGUGCUCCGGCAUCUGCCUGCUGCGUCUGGCAGGCCAACAGUUGUCUCUAAGCCAAAACUCUCCGCUGAGCAAAAAGUCUUCAGGGAGCCAGAAGUCUUCAGGGAAAUAUUACUGGCUGGCCACUCAGGGGAUGGCCUUCUUGUGCCGCUACUUACGUGCGCGGGGCAGUGGUUGCCAGGAGGCCCUCUUUAACGUAGGCCGCGCUCUUCAAGAACUGGGCUUCCCGCAUAUGGCUUUCGACAUGUAUCAACGGGCACUCGCCACGCCACCAGCAGUGCAGGAGAUGCCAGAGGUGUUCGACCUUCGACGGGAGAUAGCCUUCAAUCUGAGCCUGUUGUACCAGCUCGGAGGCAACAGUGAAUUGGCCAAUUGGUGCAUCAACCACUACUGUGUCAUUUGAAUCGGAAUACUCUGUGCGGGAUGAAAUUGCUUACAUAUAAUCAAAAUUUGUGCAGUCGCCAUGUGACCACAUUAUGUGACAGUCAUCAAGGUGCAAGGUUAUCGUGGGUCAUGUUUAGAACCGCGAAUUCAUGCAGAAGCAAGGAGGGCAAG